AGAAAAACUCAAAAAGUAAUAUUUGAGCAGGAAACUGGAAAAGUGAAAGUAACAGGGACCAUUUUUUGCCUCUAUAUUUGGCAUGCUUCUCUCAAAACUAGACCACACCACACCGCUAUGCCUUUAUUCAACUUCUACCACUGAAGUGUCCAUUUCAGUGUACCAAAAUGGGCUGCUGUUUUAGCUCCUCCAAGAAACACCACCGCAACCCGCCGCCGCGUUCCGCCAGUAACGACAGAGCUCCACCGCAACCUCCACCGUUGGAGGAAGAAACUGUGAAAGAAGUUCUUUCUGAAACACCCAUUCCCAAACCCCACCACCAUCCAAAAGUACCACUAGUCAACGACAAAGAAGCUGACUUUUCACAAGUCAAGAUUGAAUCAACGGCUGUCGUUAAACCUACCAGUGAUGAAAGGAAGUUUGAAUCAACGGUUGUCGUUAAACCCUGUGUUGAUAAGAAGUUCGAAUCUACGGCUGUGAUUAAACCUGAUGUUUCGGAAGAGCCUUCUGAGAUGUGUAGCUUCACUGAGAGCUAUUCUACAACGGCGACGGCGACGGAGAAGAGAGAGGAAGACGGGGAAGUAACCCAGAGGUCACCCAUUAGGGUUUAUAGAAAGAGACAAAACUCCGGCGAGAUCACCGGAGUUAGAGAGAGAAGCUUCCGGUCUCAGCCUGGAAGAUCGGCGCCGUCGCCGGAAAAAAGGAGGUCGCCGGCUUCGUCAAGGGGAGUUCAAGGGAGGGGAAUGACGGCACAACGGCGCAAUGUGGGUCCCCCAAAUGGGACCCGAAGAGGUCCUGUAGACAAUGGGGUUCGGCGGUCAAAGUCUCCGGCUACACGUGGACCGGUGGAACAACGUCGGAAUGUGAGGUACAGAAGUCCGGCGGCGCGUGAAGAAGAGAAACUCGGUGGUCAAUCGCCGGCAAGGAACGUCGAGAAUGAGGGAUGUACUAGUAGAGCAGAGCAGCCCAAAGAAGAUGUUUCGCCGGAGCCCGGCGAGUCUCUUGAAAAUCCUCUUGUUUCUAUGGAAUGCUUCAUUUUCCUUUAGACUAGAUAAACGUCGUCGUAUAAACUGUUACUACAUGUUGAAGAGGUUACGUCAUUUUGCUAAACGAUGGGUGAAAAAAUCCGAUUUUGUAAAUAAGGUAGUAUAAUAGUAGUACUAACUUGACAUAUUUGGUUUUGUUCUAAAGCUACUCAUUAUUGUCAUGAUUUUUACUUGUUUUAUGCGUCUUCAA